UAUGAAAAUAUUUUAUUCACAACACAUUUCACUAUCGAAGAAUUGUCGUUCUAGUUAUUCUUGAGCGUUCUGGUACGCACGCAAAGUGAUAGUGCGGAGGUCAAAAAGUGCAGUUUACUUGCUGUAGUUUUGCUGCUUCAGAAAGUGUUUUGAGUUUCGCAAUUUAGAUAGACUCAGUUUUACUAUCCCCGGAAGGAAGAAAUGUGGGAAGACAUGUACCUUUUCAUUCUAUGGGGGAGGAUGAAUAUAUUUCGCUUCCUUGGGGACAUGUGCCACUUAUUCGCUAUGCUCCUGCUAUUAUACAAAAUUACAAAAACUAAAUCCUGCAUAGGAGUUUCUGGACGUACACAAAUUCUCCUUCUGAUAGUGUUUCUUACACGUUAUUCGGAUCUCUUCGUCUACUUUCUCAGCAUGUACAACACUGGAAUGAAAAUGGCGUACAUCGCAUGCACUCUCACUACGGUUUGUCUAAUAUAUGGGAGGUUCCGGAAAACCUAUGAACAAGAAUACGAUACGGUUCACAUUGGAUACGUGAUAACUCCUUGCUUGAUAGCGGCUAUGUUCAUAAACUAUGAAUUUGUCUGGAACGAGGUUUUGUGGUCAUUCUCCAUAUACCUGGAAGCUGUUGCAAUUAUACCACAAUUGUGCUUCACCCGCAAAAGAGGAUUCACUAAACACAUGAUCAUUUAUUUGCUUGCCCUUGGAUCCUACCGAUCGCUCUACAUCUUGAACUGGAUUUUCCGCUACGUAACUGAAAACCAUCUAGACUAUUUAUCGCUCUUUUGUGGUGUAACGCAAACACUGAUAUUUGCAGUAUUCUUUUGUCUAGGAUGCCGCAAGCCUGCAAAUGAAGGCAGAGAGAUCGAAGUUAGUGUCAUUGAUUGUAAGAAGCCCAGCCCGUUGGAUAUGAAUUUAAAUGACAAGGAUAGGCAGCUAUUGAUUGACUACAUUCAACGCAAGGAAAUUAGUCGGCCAGACAUCAAGACGUGCAUGGUGGCGCAGAAUAGUGAAAACGACUGUAAAGUGGACAUUGACGAGAAAACAGCAAAUGUGAUGUAAACAUUUGUAUAUGCAAAUAUAUGGAUUGUUUUAUGUACUGUAUAUUUCACUCUAGAAUAAAUAUUUUUUUACGAUUUAA